CUUGUGCUGUGCGGGCGUGCCUCGUCGGAAUGCCUGGAGGUGGUGCCAGACCAGAGUGGCGGCUCUGUCAUCCAGUCGGUGAGGACUGUAGCAGCCAAUGAGGAACCUGGCGAGGAAGAAAUGGCGAUCAUCUGAACUUGGAGGCACCGAUUUGAAGGAGAAUGGGGCUCGCCCUGAAGAGGCCGGUGCUCGGGUUAUGGCGCCGGCUUCGGCGCCAGCUACCAGGGUUACAAGGCUGCGAGCUGCACACCGUGCGUGAGGCAUCCUUGCCGACCCCUCCACAUUGGUUGGCAGAGCGAUUUGGCCUUUUUGAGGAGCUAUGGACUGCUCAAGUGAAAAGAUUAGCAAGCAUGGCACAGAAGAAACGCCGGACUAUUAAGGUAUCACUUCUUGGAGGCCGAAAAGUAGAUGCUGUGGCAUGGAACACAACCCCUUACCAGCUGGCUCAGCAGAUCAGUUUAACGCUGGCUGAUACUGCAGUGGCUGCGCAAGUGAACGGAGAGCUUUAUGAUCUGGAACGACCCUUGGAAACAGAUUGUGACCUCAGAUUUCUGACAUUUGAUUCCCCAGAGGGAAAAGCAGUAUUCUGGCACUCUAGUGCCCAUGUUCUGGGGGCAGCGGCUGAACAACUCCUGGGUGCUGUUCUCUGCCGAGGUCCAAGUACAGAAUCUGGCUUUUACCAUGAUGUCUUCCUGGGGAAAAAGCGGACAAUCCGCAGUUCAGAAAUGCCUGUUUUAGAGCGGAUUUGCCACGAGAUUAUAGCUGCUACACAACCAUUCCGGAGGCUAGAGGCUUCCCAAGAUCAGCUUCGCCAGCUCUUCAAGGAUAACCACUUCAAGCUUCACCUGAUUGAGGAGAAAGUGACAGGUCCAACAGCAACAGUUUAUGGGUGUGGCAUGUUGGUUGAUCUUUGCCGGGGUCCCCAUCUUCGGCACACUGGACAGAUUGGAGGACUGAAGCUGCUAACGAACUCAUCAUCCUUGUGGAAGUCCUCAGAGGCUCCAGAGAUACUGCAAAGAGUAUCAGGAAUUUCCUUCCCUACACCAGAGUUACUAAGGAACUGGGAAGCACAGAAGGAGGAAGCAGAGUCAAGAGACCACAGACGCAUUGGGAAGGAACAGGAGCUCUUCUUCUUCCAUGAACUAAGCCCAGGGAGCUGCUUUUUCCUGCCACGAGGGACAAGAGUGUAUAAUGCCCUGGUGGCUUUCAUCAGGGCUGAGUACACUCGCCGUGGUUUCUCAGAGGUGAAAACUCCCACACUGUUUUCAACAAAACUCUGGCAACAGUCAGGGCACUGGGAGCAUUAUAGGGAGGACAUGUUUUCCCUGAAGCCCCCCGGUACUAGAGAGACUGACAGCUCCCAGAGUGGCCACGCUGCCAGGAACUCCAAAGACACACUUGCUCUCAAGCCCAUGAACUGCCCUGCACACUG